UUGCAGAGGAAGACGCCAAGAACUCCAAGUUCGUCCAGCAACACAGGCGGUGAUCUACUCAAGUGAACUCUAUUGCUGAGAGUGCUUUCAGACUUUAUUAUUCUAAUAAACAUAAAAGAGAGAAUCCUACAUACUUCUUGUUGAUCUCUCGUUUCCUUUCAUCUUUUGUCUUUUCACAACUCUCGAAACAGUGUUAAGUUUGAAAUGGUUUGAUUCCAAUCUUUUCCCCCUUAUGUUUGAAAUGGAUUGGCUCUAUUUUUGUUAUGUUGAAUCGAAUAUAGAUGGCUGACCAUCAUUAGUGACAAAUCUCAUUACAAAAGUUCAUUAAGCAGACCACAGAGAAUCUAACAACUUUAAGCAUAUAAUGUAAGCAAUAGAACCUGCAGGCCAUCGAACUGCAGUAGAAAAAAAAAACACCUUUUCUCUCCCAACCCCAUUAGGGUUUUCCUGUGAACGUCUUCGCCGCCGUCGGUGUGGCCUCUCGCCCACCGACGAGAACACUCCUCUUUCUCCCUCCUCUUCCUUUCUUCCAUGGCUCUGCUUGUUCCUUGUCCCUUUGCACCGUUGCUCCUUCCUCCGCCUCCAGAACCGCCGCCGCUCGUGUUUCUCCUAGAUCUGCCAGUCGAGUGCUCUCCUCAUGUCCUUUCUGUUCCUCUCCACCCACCGGAUCUGUCCCUGUUCCUUUGCCGCUUCUUCGACUCUGCAGUGAUUAUACUGUCCGUUCGUUUAGUAAAUCUAUCAUUUUCAGUGGUGUUUGUUCUUAUGGUUUUCUGUGACUCCUUUACUGCAGUAUGCGGGUUCAAUUCCGGGUUAUAUCCGGCUCGUUCUAACUCUGUUAAGUUCGAUUUUGGUCUCUUAAUCUACUGGCCUCAAGUUCCUCAAAUCUGUAUUUAUUCACUAUUACUUGAUAUAAAAAUUGACAUGGUCUCUGGUUGGAAUUAUGAAUCUGUGUCUUGUGCAUUUGCUUCCGUCUCUUGGUUGCUCAUUGUCCCAAGUUUCAUAGUUCAUUUGUCAAGAAGUUUGGAGAGUACGCAAUGUCUCAUUGAGAAUGAACUCAUAGCCUUGGUUGGUUUGGGGUCUCAUUCCUCUGUUCUCAGGUUCUUCAGUAGCAAUUAUGUUGCCUUGGCUCAUUCCUUUUCUGCAGUAUGCAGGGUUUUAUAUGUCUGUGAUUUAAAUGUGGAGGUGUAUGUAAUGUUUUCUAACCAUUGGUGGCAAUUUGGAAAGAAAAGCAACAGUAUUUGCUUCCUUACAUUGCAUCAGAUUUAUUUGGUCUCACGAAGACUUGGUUGCUCAUUGUCCCGGUAUCAUGACCUCACUGCCUUUGUUGCAGAGGGUCUAGCCCUUUUGGGCAUUUCUCAGCUGGUUUGCAAGUCAGACUGCCAUGAACUCAGUCGCCUUCUUUCAGAGAGUUGGUCUUCUGAUGUUCAUUGGAUCUUAUUAGCUAUUUGA